UCAUUUACGUUACGGUAGACCAAGUUCAACUGACACUAGGUGUUAGUUUAUAUUUAAUCAGAGUUAUCCCUCUUCUUUCUUGUAUUUGUAUGUAACACACACAGGAAGUAAGAAUGACAGAAGAAGCAGCACAGACUGAAGAAUGGGAGUUAUUUUACCAUUCUUUCCUCAUCGGACGAUCUGCAUACAUUCGACUAAUAUUUGAAGAACUUGGUAUACCGUACAAAGAUAUGAUAAAAAGUAGAGAAGAUAUAAUGAAAUACUUUUACUCCAAAGAUAAACUGGAUGGAUUUCCUGUACUCUUCCCUCCUGUCAUCCGAAAAGGUGAUAUUCAGUUAGGACAAACCUCAGUGAUAUGCAAGUACCUUGGUGAAAAGUAUGGACUGGUUCCGGAUAAUGAGCAAGAUAAAUGGCGUGCUGACAUGAUUAACACAGAACUUCAUGACUAUUUAGCUCAGGGUCGUUUGGCUUUUCAUGGAGUUAAUCCUACCGCGUCUUACUUCACACAAGUAGAGGAAACUAAACCAUACAUAGAAAGAUUUGCUGCUGAAAGGAUUCCAAAAUAUCUGUCUUAUUUUGAAUCUGUACUGAAGUACAACAAUGGUGGUAAAGGAUUUCUAUUUGGUGACAAACUCACUUAUGUCGAUUUGACACUAUUCUGGGUUUUAAAGGCUACGGAGGCAAGUUACCCGGACGCUUGGAAGAGUGCAGAUUAUUGCCCUUUAUUAAAGUCAUUUCGGGAUCGGAUUGAAAGAAGACCAAAUAUUGCUGCAUAUCUCAACUCCGAUAGAUUUGUACCGCUUGAAAAUAACAGCAUGAUGUAAUUUAAACACCGUACGGUGAUCACUAGUUGGUAAUGUCUAUACGCCAAUUUGAAUCCGCUUCAUAACUGUGUCACUGGCAAUCAUACUUCAUCUUCUUAUGUGUAUUUCAAUGAUUCAAUUCACGACAAAAUAAUGCAUAUCACCAUUGCUUACGCCUUUACACCUGGUAUAACACAGUGUGUGUAUCUCUCAAAUAUUUUAUUCUCAGUAAUGUCUAACCAAUAUGGAAGUGAUUGAUAAAAUAGUUGCCAUCAGGCGCUCGUUUUUCAUAUCUUCCUUACCUUUUUCAACCAUAUCGUAAUUGUGCACAAUUAUUUCGACUAAUUUGUAUUUGGUACGAUCAGAUAUACGGUAAAUAAUCUUAAUAUGUUAAUGUAUUACUGAUUGUACAUGACACAUCAAAAUAAAGCUUUCUUUGUACUUGAA